CUUUCUCUCUUUCUCUUUCUUGUUUCUACUCUAUUCAACUAUUACACAAAACCAUGAACCCCUCUCACGAAGCCAAAGAGUGGCAAAUUUCUCAAUCUCCUCUGCAGCAAGGUCCACCACAAUCAGAUGGCCCAGCAAUCGUAUCUGGCGCCCCUCACUCGAUGCAACAGUAUUCGCCACUCCCAACCAUGGGACAUCCUUACAGCCACUCCUUUGCCCAGGCAAGCCCCAUGCAUCCACCAAUUCAUCAGUAUCUACCUAUCACAUCAGGCUAUGUCCCUCCCAACAGAGUUGAAUCUGAUCCAAGACUUCCUGGUAUGAUGGCUCUUUCUCAACCUGGGACUCCCCGUCCAAACUCCGUGAGCCAUGAUGUCCUGCCAUCUCCUACAAAGAUGUCACGACAAUCCUACGCAACAUCAUCUUUCCACGCCGGACCUUAUCCCCCCAUCGCUCUUGCAAGAAAAAGAUCUCGGAACGAUUCCUUGUGUCCCGCCGAAGCCGGCCCGGUUUUUAGCUCCACCAAACCUUUCGACAAUCUUUAUGCUUUGGACCGAACCACAUUAAUGGUUCCUCGUAUCCAGGCAAAGAUGGACAGAGGAUUUUUCCUGUUCUACAACGACUGGACUUGCUACCGCCGCAACUACUUCCAAGUUAGUGGAGCGUUUUCCAUUCAGGGACUCAACCAUUACUACGCCGACACCGAGCCGCAGUGCCUUGUACAAAAGGAAGACGGAACUUUUAGCCAAAUUGAGCGUUUCUACCUCGGUAUCUCUGCUCGCGUCUCAAACAGCGAAAAGGAAAUCGAGCUAAUCCAACACACCCCAAAGCGCGACAAGGGCCCACAAAUCAAGCCUGAGGCCAAGGCCAUCACGGCCGGCGGAAACCUUGGCAUGAGCACAGUUGGAGCCAACCAGAACAUUGCGACUUUUGAACGUAUCCAGUUUAAGACUGCGACUGCAAAUAACGGCAAGAGAAGAGCAGCCCAGCAAUACUAUGUGUGUCUGGUGGAUAUGUAUGCCUUGACAGCAGACGAUGGCCAAAAAAUCAAAAUCGCGUCGUGUCAGUCAGCCCCACUUGUAGUCCGUGGUCGUAGCCCGGGCCAUUACGCCGAUAGCCAGGAGAGACACAACUCUAUUCAGUCAACAGCAUCAGCAACCGCUGGAACAGGUCCAGUAAGUAACGACGGUCCCCAACUCUCGCCACAAUCCCAGUCCGAUGAGCAACAGCAAAGAUUCACCACACCUUUCCCGAGACCUCCGAUGACACCCCCCGGAAUGAUGCCUGCUGAAUACAACUCAUCUGCUGGCGGCUACCCUUACUAUUCCAACUAUCCUCAUUUUGCGCCUCCUCUUCCUCAUAAUGGUGUGAUGAUGAACAAUGGUCCUCAUACCCCAUCUCACCACCCAAGCACUCCAUCUCCCUAUCCCCACCAACAACAGCAGCAACAACAUCCCCAUUCUCAACACCAGAAUCAACAACAGCCUCAUCCUCACCCUUCCCAGGCAUCUCAUCCAUAUAUGGUUCAUUCCAUGCCUGAAACACCUCAAGACUCUUCUUCUCCCGACAUGUACCCUGGCGAGUAUGUCAACCAACACCAACACCACCAACAACAUCACCAACAACAACAGCAGCAGCAGCAGCAGCAGCAACAACAACAACAACAACAACACCACCAUCACCAAGGAAACAACCCAAACUCAAACAAUAAUGAUCACGAUAAUUCAAAAAUGUCCCACCUUUCUCAGGCUCAGGCUCAGGCUCACCACAACAGCAACCUGAAUAUUCAGAUCCCAAUGGACUCUACUACAGCCGAAUGGACUCGUAACCGGUUCCACUCUUCAGGGUCUGUACAGUCUCCUGCCCAUGACCACCCCCAAAACUCAUAUUUCCCCCACGGCACCCCGACUCUCUCUUCUGCCGCAUCCCAGACAAGCGCAUUUUCCCCCACAACACCAACAACCCCUUACGGACCAAGAAAAUACAAUGCCGUGCCUAACCUUGUAAACCAACAGAGUGUAUAGAAAGUUUCAUAAUAUAUUUUUCUGCCUUUUUUUCUUUUAAAAAAAAACUUUCUUUACAUCAACCCUUUUAUUAUUAUUAUCACUAUUAUUACUAUUACUAUUAUUAUUAUCGUACACCCUUUACUACUAUUAUCCUCCUUUUAUUGUUUGAAUUCCUUUUAUCCGGAAUCAUACUUUUAUAUUAUUAUUAUUAUUAUUAUUACUAUUACUAUUACUAUUACUAUCUAACCUUUUUCUUUCAAACCAUGUAAAAUCUCACCCACACCCAUACACCCUCAUACAAAACAAGCACAGAGUGUACUACAUAUCCAAUAAAAUACAAUACAUUAUAUAUAUAUAUAUAUAUAUAUAUAUAUCUAUAUCUAUAUCUAUAUCUAUAUCUAUAUCU